AUGGGUGAGGCAAAAAAAGUGUUGAUUGAGCAAAAAACAAAAGGUUUCAGUCUAAGAGAUACUAAAAUGCUACGCUCUUCAGAAUAUACCCUUAGACAUCAUAGGCAUUGGGGAAUGAAUAUUCCAAUGGGUGGUGAGGGUCAAAUGCUUUUGACAGGUGUGAAAUCAGUAGCAAACGGCUCAAAUGGGCACUUGUAUUUGUAUCAUAUGGCUCCAAAGCACGAUAGCUAUGGCGGAAUAAUGAUUGGUCUUGAGGGAAGUGAAUAUGGUAAAUUUGAUCAAACAGGAGAGUAUCAUGGUGUCAGCGCCAAGUCAAGCGCAUUUUCACCAACAUUUGGCUUUAAAUGGCAUUCCAAAGAGCAUUUAGAUUUGACUAGUGUUAAGGGACCAGGAAAAUAUGACUGUAUGUACAUUGAUCUCACUUCUGGAUGGGAUUAUAUAGUAGAAAAGUUUGAGAAGGAAUGGAAGGAUGAGAUGGUAAAGGAAACGUCUUUGCGAGCACCAAAUAACCCGGUGCUUGCAAGCAGAAAGAUGACUUUCAAAUUCUCAGUAAUCAAUAUCAAGUCAACACAACGAGCAAAGAAAUGGAGAGCAGCUGUAAAACAAAGGCAUGAUAUGCCCAACGCUCUCUCACAUAAGGACAUUAUUGUUCCAUCGGUGAAAACUACCAAGUUUUUCUGCAACAAUAAUUGUGAAUCAUGCAAUAGAGAUUGCAAAUAA